GAAGUGAACAAUUCUGUGGGCUUUGAAAAAGAUCGUGUGCGGAGCUAUUGUGUUUAUUUAUGGACUUUUCCGUGAUUUUAUCCACCUCCAUACCCCAAUUCUAUCGCCAAAUUACACCCCACACCCUCUCGUGUUGACGGACGUGCGUGACUCGCGGGCAAGUGCGUGCUGAAGGGCAGGAAAAACGUGUGUGUCCAUUUAUAGUUUAUAACACGCCAAAGCGCGUUGCUGCUUCUUGGAUGCCAGCCACCACCGAGAUAUCAAUGGAGGCGCAUUAGAAGGCGAUGGCGACAUAGACGCAGCCACAGUAACCCAGAGACCCACACUGCAGCGCGAACAGGACAUGGUGCGAGGAAGGAGAGCCCGUCCGGCGGCGCCGACCGGCAGUUCCAGUGCCACAUCGCGGAAUCUGCUGGAGGAAUACUGUGCCAGUCCGAAGAGGAAGGACUACAAGCUGGAUCCGCUGAGUAUUCAUCAUGCGCAUGAGAAUGGGACGGAAAAGAUGCCGGGAAUUGAGACAAAAUUCAAGACUCAGAUGGUGUUGAGGCCAUCGUCGAAGAGGAAUGUGAGGAACAUUGAGAUCACGCGGUAUUUUCCGGUUCAGACGACACAGCGGGCAGACGUGAGGGCAAAUGGGGCCUUUGAGACCAUUCAAUUGGUGGAUGAUGACACAUGUGACUCCUUUCCGGAUCGAUCGACGAUGACACAGGAGCCAGAGGUGGAGGAGGAAUCGAAUAUUUUCCUCCAGAAGCCUGUGUUGAAGCUCAAUGUGGACAAAUCACCCAAUCAGGCGUCCUCGAUUGUCAUCAAGAAGAGUCUGGAGGUGAAGUCGGACUUUGCCAGUUUGACAAGCAAUGGCUUUGUCAGCUUCAAUGCUGUCACGCCGACGAAAGUGAAGGAGAAUGGCAUUAGUGCGGAUGUGCUGAAGCCCGUGUCACCUGUGCUGUUGGCGUGUUCUGACAGCAAUUCCUGCGACAGCGGCGUGGUGUCGGAUCGCAGUCAUGACACGACGCCGGGCGCUCGGCUGCGCCACCACAAGAAGCCCACGACGCCCCAUCGGAUUGUGUGUCCGUCGCCGAAGAAGAGUGACGCGGAGAAUGUGAUUGACGUGGAGAAUAAUUCCGCGGAGGUGCGAGAGGAUGGCCAGCGGCGAGAGCCUGCUGAGGUGGUGACAGAAGCGCCUGAUUGUCAGGAGACAGUUGCGGUGCCGCGCGAUGUCUUCUCAGCACCGCCGGCUGGCGCCAGGACGAAGAGUGGCGGCACCACGAAGAAGCUGACCAAUGGCACUGCCCAGAAGAGCAUUAAGGAGUUCUACAAGGUGCGCCGCAGUGCGCGCAAGACGAAGAAGGAGGUGCAGAAGGAGGAGCAGCGCGCCAUCGAGCAGGCCGUGGCUGAGGGACGCGAGCGCGGGCUGGCGGUGAAGCUGUUCAAGGAGAAGGGACGCGGCGUGAUAGCCACGCAGGCGUUCGGCAAGGGGGACUUCGUCGUGGAGUACAUUGGUGACUUGAUCUCGAACUGCGAGGCCGGCAAGAGGGAGCAGAUCUACGCCGAGGAUCACAACGCCGGCUGCUACAUGUAUUACUUCAAGCACAAGAAUGUUCAGUACUGUAUCGAUGCCACGAAGGAGACGGGAAAGAUGGGACGUCUGGUGAAUCACUCGCGCAAUGGGAAUCUGAUGACGAAGAUUGUGGACUACAAGGGAAGACCGCACUUAGUGCUACUGGCCAAAGAGGACAUCGAGCCGGGGAAGGAGCUGACGUACGACUACGGCGAUCGCUCCAAGGAGUCGCUGCUGCAUCACCCUUGGCUGGCAUUUUGAGUGACUGAGGAGAGAAGAAGUCCUUCCCGCCUUUCUCCGGCGCAUCUCCUUCCUCUCCACCUCAGCAGAGAGAGAGAGACAGUUCAGCGAAGAAACUUAAUAUUUAACAUCUCUCACCCUUAUUUAUUCCUCAUGCGAGAGAGAAAAACCGCCCUUUUUGCCUUGAGUCAGCGCGCGUCGAGGCUCUUGUUUUCCCUUUCUUAGGCGUAGUUGCAGAGACAGAAAGAAAAUGUGUUCUUAACGUUUUUCUCUUACUCUUAAUUUCGCUACAUAUUUUACAAAUUAUUUAGGUAAAAAGAAAAGAAAGAAAAUACAGAUAUAAUUCUCUCCUUAUAUUUUCUUUUAGAUAAUGUCACGCUUUCGUUGCUCGAGUUUUUAAGUGUGUUUGAGGUUGAUGCAGAAGAUUAAAA